AUGGUUGCAUAUGCCGAGGCGGACAGACUGUCUCACGAGCAAAUCGCUGAGUUCAAAGAGGCGUUCAGCCUGUUCGACAAAAGUGGCGACGGCACCAUCACCACCAAAGAGCUGGACAUUGUCCUUAGAUCCCUGGGACAGAAUCCCACAGAGGGCGAGCUACGGCACAUGAUCAACGAGGUGGACCAGGACGGUGAGCUAAUGUCUUUGCAAACCCGUUCUUUGAGAGAUCACACAUCGUAUCUUCAAAAAUUCAAAGAGGCGUUCAGCCUGUUCGACAAAGAUGGCGACGGCACCAUCACCACCAAAGAGCUGGGCACAGUCAUGAGAUCCCUGGGACAGAACCCCACAGAGGCCGAGCUACAGGACAUGAUCAACGAGGUGGACGCUGACGGCAACGGUACAAUCGACUUCCCUGAAUUUCUCACGAUGAUGGCAAGAAAGAUGAAGGACGCAGAUACGGAAGAGGAACUUAAAGAGUCCUUCAGAGUUUUUGACAAGGACGGUAACGGCUUCAUCUCGGCUGCUGAACUACGUCACGUGAUGACGAAUCUGGGUGAAAAGUUGACGGACGAGGAGGUGGAUGAGAUGAUCAGGGAGGCGGACACUGACGGAGACGGACAGGUCAACUAUGACGGUGAGUUGACCUAUGCAUGA